AGCAUUUUGAGGUUUGCUGUUGAUGCUUUCAUUGAGCUGCAGCAUCUGAGCUGGGGCUUUGCUGCCGGAGCGAUGCAGGUGUAUAAAGGCAGAGCUGGGUCUUCCCCCAGGGCUCAGUCGGGGGCAGCCCCGGCAGGCUUUGGCUGCCGUAUGGAAGAUCACACCAAGCCCAUCCCGCUCCCGGCCAUGCAGCAGAACUUGAACUACGUGUACCCCCAGGUCUUUUGGGUGGACGGCUGCACCAGUGCAAGUGCUUCCAGCCCCUCGGCACCCCCUGUCACUCCUUUCCCACCACCAGUACCUGACCGAAGGACAAAGCCAGGGCACAACAGGGAAAGGAGGAGCGUUGGCUUCCUGGUGAUCUUCAUGCUGAUCCUGCUAGCCCUCACUGGAGUGGGGCUGAGCAUGUUUCAGAUCUUCCACCUGGAGAAGGAACUGGCUGAACUCAGAGAGUCUGCCAGCACUGAGCACAUCCCUCCAGCUCUGGAGAAACUCAUAGGGCAGAAGGAGCAGUCAAUGGAAAAGGAAGCAAGGAAGGCAGCACACCUAACAGGGAAUCCAACCCAGCGGGACCUCCCUCUGGAGUGGGAACCCAUCUCUGGGCAUGCCUUCACCGAUGGCAUUCAGUACCAUGAGCAGGGUCUCGUCGUCAAUGAGACCGGCCUGUACUUCGUGUACUCCAACGUGCUCUUCCGAGGCAGCAUCUGCAGCAGCCAGAUGUUGACCCACAUUGUCUACAAGAAAAACCCAACCUUGCCAGGCAGCCACGUGCUGAUGGAGGACAAAGGCAUCAACUACUGUACGGGCCAGAAAACAUGGGCCCGGAAAAGCUACCUAGGGGCUUUAUUCAAGCUCAGGAAGAUGGACAGUUUGCACGUCAAUGUGUCUAAAAUCGCUCUGGUUAAUUUUGAGGAGUCCAAGACAUUCUUCGGCUUAUUUAAGCUUUGAAUGGGGCUGUUGGACCCCAUACUAGGAUGCAUGAGGGGUUGAGUGCUGACUGAAGGCAGUGGCCAAGCUAGGGUCUUGCACCAUGAAGCCCACCAAGAAGCCACGUCUUAGCCUUCAGUGGAAGAGGGCUCAAGCACCUGGUGAAUGCUUGAAAGCAGUUCUCUGGGAAGCACCAGGGCUGUACUACACGAACCUGAAGAGAAUUGCGCAUUUUCCCCCUCUGGAAAAAACCAACAAACUGAAAAUGUAGUGUGUUGAAGAGCCUGUUGAAACUCACUACUUGCUACCUGAGAAGAUGCUGGUGGCAGGAGACCCACAGGGUGUCAUGGCCCUGGUGGACUUGGGCCAGCCAGUGGGUAUUGAGGAGACCCCCUGAGGCAAGGCUGCUGGUACCUGGGCCGUGCCAUGCCACACUGCAGGCAGUGGUGUGGAAAUGAGUAGUCCGGAGUUCUCAGCUGCCUGCCCCGAGCCAUGGCUGGCCACCCUGGCCAGGCAUCUGGCACUGACUGCUGUACAACAGGCGCCCACCUGCUAGCUGGCGUGUUAUGCGUGAUAUGUUCAUUUUGUUAAGUUAUCAACUGUUCCUGUCCCAGAAAAUGUCCCCAGACCCCUUUAUUUAACUCAUCCUGACUGCCUUGCAAGGGAUGUGCCAGAAGCACGGGUGCCAUGAAGGGUGUCCCAACCCUGGAGAGAAACCCCUACUGCACUGUGGUGGUGGGGCUGGGGGGGGAGGCAAUCUGCUGAUGGGACCUGAACGACACAGAAGUGGAGGGCGGUGGGGCCAGAGAUGAAAGCAGCAACUUCAACUCCCUUCCAGUCCUUUUGUUCCCCAUGGAUUCCCCACGGAGACUUGGUCUUGCCACCCCCUUUGUGGUGCAGGUAGAGGUGUGCUGGCCACCACCAAUGGCGUGGCUUCGGCUGGCCCCCUUGUCACAGGAUAUUCUCUCCUGAGCAAAACACAGAUGGUAAAUAAAGAUAUAUUUUUAUAGUAA